CUUCCUUCUCUCUCGAUGGCUUCCUCCUCUGCCCUCCAUCUCCUGGUCGCUGUCGUCCUCCUGCUCUCCACCCCCUCCUCCGCCGCCCAUCGCCGCCACCCUCACGCCCAUCACCACAAGCACAAGGCCAACGCCACAUCCCCUUCUACGCCCAUCCACCAGGCUUGCCGUGCCGCCCUCUCCCCGGACGUCUGCGAGUCCGUCCUCUCCCAUCUAUCUAUCUCCCUCCCUCCCGAUUCCUCCGGCUCUGACGUCGCCCUCGCCGCUCUUUCCGCCGCCUCCCGUGGCCACCAGACCGCCCGGAGCAACGCCCAGUCCAUCCUCGACGCCGCCGGAUCCGACCGCAACCGCUCCACCGCCGCCCGCAAUUGCCUCGAGCUACUCUCCCUCUCCGACCACCGCAUUUCCGCAGCUAUCAAGGCCCUCCCCGCCGGCGCCCUCGCCGACUCCCGUACCUUCUCUGGCGCCGCCGAGCUCUACCAGUACGCCUGCCGGGCCGGCCUUACGAAGGUCAACGACACCCAGAUAGUGGUCGACGCCAUGGCCUUCCUGGAGAGGCUCACCAACCUCACUACCAGCGCAACCGCCAUGAUAGCCGCGCUGCAGCGCUACGGCCCCGACACCUCGCGCUGGGGCCCGCCGCAGACGGAGCGGGACGGGUACUGGCCGGACGCGGCCGCGGCCGGGUCCGGGUCCGGAGGAGGAAAAGCCCGGAAGAGUUUCCCGCGGCCGGGAGCGCCGGCGGACGCGACGGUGUGCAAACGCAGCGAGUGCCGGUACCGGUCGGUUCAAGCGGCUGUGGACGCGGCGCCGGAGAACUCGACGAGGCCGUUCGUCAUCCACAUUAAGGAAGGGGUCUACGAGGAGACGGUUCGAGUGCCGUUCGAGAAGACCAACUUGGUAUUUUUCGGGGACGGCAUGGGCAAAACGGUCAUUACCGGCUCCCUCAGUGCCGACAUGGUCGGCGUCUCCACGUACAACACCGCCACCGUCGGUGUGACGGGCGAUGGAUUCAUGGCGAGGGACCUGACGAUGGCCAACACGGCCGGGCCGGACGCCCACCAGGCCGUGGCCUACCGGUCCGACAGCGACCGCUCGGUGCUGGAGCACGUCGAGUUCUUGGGCCACCAGGACACCUUAUACGCCUCCUCCCUCCGCCAGUUCUACCAGUCCUGCCGCGUCUCCGGGACCGUCGAUUUCAUCUUCGGCAACGCCGCCGCCAUCUUCCGCGACUGCAGCAUCCUCGUGGUCCCCCGCCAGCUCGACCCCGAGCACGGGGAGACCAACACGGUCACCGCGCACGGCCGCUCCGACCCCGCCCAGUCCACCGGCUUCGUGUUCGACCGCUGCGUCGUCAACGGGAGCGACGAGUACCUCGCACUCUACAAGUCGAACCCGGCGGUCCACCUGGCGUACCUGGGGAGGCCAUGGAAGGAGUACUCGAGAACCGUGUUCAUCGACUGCUCCAUGGGGGAGAUCGUGAGGCCGGAGGGGUGGACGCCGUGGAGCGGGGACUUCGCGCUGCCGACGCUGUACUUUGGGGAGUCUGGGAGCUCGGGGCCCGGCGGUAAGGCGACGGCGAGGGUGCCGUGGAGCAGCAAGAUACCGGCAGAGCACUUGGGUGCGUACUCUUUGGAAAGCUUCAUACAGGGAGAUCAGUGGAUACCCGAUGACUCCGAGCACAAAAACUGAUGAUUUCUACUGCAAUUUGAGCGAGGAAAACGAUAAAGAUGUCCGCAUAUUCUGAUCGCAUGCUGUGACCAAAUCUAAUUUCGCUAAAAUGCUCAUUACACUGUUCCUUCGUCUGAAUUGAUCGGAGGCCACUGUUAUGUUCUUAAACGAGGGGAAUAGAAUAGAGCAAUCUUAUUAUAUGAUGUUGAAAUAUUGUUGAAAUAAAAAUAUGAUGUUAUAGUGUUUUUUCGUUUUGUCGAAAACAUCGUGAUGCAGUAUAAUAACGAAU